AUGAAUACAGCCGAUGCGUUCAAAUUAACACAGAAUGUUAUCGCAAUUUUGUCUUGUUUUAUCGUGUUUAUGACUUCGUACCCUUUUUAUGCUGACGCAACACAUGCAAGCGAAGGACGUGAUCCCAUAGAACAGUUCGAGAGCAACGUCAACUUCAGCAAAAACUUCAUUGUGGAAUGGAAGGUCGACCAUGAUUCGCAAAGCGUUGAAUUUUUAUUAAAGGUUACUAUUGAUGACAAAGGAUGGGUGUUAUUAGGGUUUUUGCCCGCAUCGAACGACUCCUACAAACCAGCUCAGGAGGACAGACUUGAGGGAACAAAAGGGGAUUUUGUGGUAACGUGGUUUUCAUCUCCAGGACGGACAAAAACUUUGGUAAGAAACUUAUCCUUUAUCAUAAAAUUGGGGUGAUUGCGAUGAUAGAUAAUGCAAUAACAACUUCUUUUAAGUAUUUAUAUCUUCCUAGUAGUGUGGCAUAUCGAUCAUGUCUGUUUGUCUUUUGCACUAAUAUGGUAAUUAUUUCUCGAUCCUCCUUAAAAAAAAAAAAAAAAAAAAUAAAUGAUUAUGGAAAAAACCUUUAAGUUAAGGUUUGAAAUUUAAUCCCUAAAAAAAUAGAAAUUUUACUUUUUUUAAUAAAUCUUAUAAAAUUUUUUUAUUUUUUUUUUUUUUUUUCAAGUUUUUUUUUUUUUUUUUUUUUUUUUUUUUUUUGUUUUUUUACAAAAUUUUUUAAAAGAAAUAUCUUCUUAACAUAAAAUUGGGGUGAUUGCAAUGAAAGAAAAUGAAAAAAAAAUUUUUUUUAAGUAUUUUAUUUUUCCUAGUAGUGUGGCAUAUCGAUCAUGUCUUUUUUUUUUUUGCACUAAUUUGGUAAUUAUUUUCCAACCCCCCUAAAAAAAAAAAAAAAAAAAAUACAUGAGUAUGGAAACAACCUGUAAGCUAAGGUAUGAAAUAUAACUCCUACAAAUAUUGCAUUUUUACUUGUUGUCAUAAAUCCUAUAAAAUGUUGUUGAAUGAGUCUCUUGUUUUCAAGACUUCAAGAGAAUGUAACAUCAACAAUUUUUUGUAACUGUAACCCGGAUAUUGACUUUAUUUCUUCAUCAGUUAGACGGUUGUUACUUUUUUUAUAUAUUUCUAUCAAAGUGCUGGUGUCCAAAAAACCAAAUAUGGCUGUUUGCCAAAAGUAGUUGAACCCUGGCAUCUGGCAUGACACGCGAUGUGCCCUUUAAGCCGCAGUAUCAACAAACAAAUUCUCUGAACAGUUCUGAAAAGAAUUAGGCAAGAUAAUUUGUUUAAAGAUCAGUUACAAAGCAUUUCUGUGAAUUGAUCACCUCUGACACCUCACAAAUCUUUAGGAGCUAAUGCUAUUUCUUUGCAUAAUAUUUGCAAAGUGGCUGAAACCACGUUUAUACUUGCUCAGUUCUGUAACAGUCAUACUAAGUAAAGCAUAAAAAAGUAUUCUACAAAAAUUUCCAAUCGUCUUCACAGGACUUGAAUACAAUUGACACUGGAAAGUUACAGCCAGAUGGUAAUUCCACGCCACUAGACUACAAUGUGACUGUAGUGCAUUUUGCAGAAAACUCAAGUGAUAAGGUUUUACGCAUUACCAGAAAACUUGACACAGGAGACCCACUGGAUGUGCCCAUUACGGUAAGCUUCUUGUCUACACUUCAAUCACAACAGGAUCGAUUUACCUUUACUGAGGUCCUCUUUAGGGAGGGGAACGCAAGUUCCUUGUCUCAAUUUCAAAACCAGUGGAGGAGGCCAUGUCACUGUCAGAAUUUAACUAUUAUAUUUGAGAUUAUCCUCGUAGCUGUCUCAGUUUCAACUGAUCUUUGUCGUUUGUCACCAUUGAAUCAAUCAAUAUCAAUCAUCAACUAAGUGCAUUUAGUACAGUAUAUUUGACCCUGAGUGAGUCAUAGAUCCCUAAUAAUUUUUUUUAUCUAUUUUCUUGUUAAAGGAUCAACCAAUGUGGAUUGCUGGUGCUUAUGGUAAUUCUGACGUCUAUUUAACAGACUUGUCAAACAUUACAGCUGGCGGCCUAGACACUUUGACAUUCAAGAAAGUCAUUAUUCUAAGGGAAACAACAAAAAAUAACAGCAAAAAACCAUGGCAUAAAGUGUUACAAGGUACAUAUAAUGGGAAGUAUACAAGAAAUAAUUCAUUUUUGAACUGCGGUUGUAGAUGAAAGUGAAGAAUGAUCAUCGCUGUAAAUUUUCCAAUUUAAGCAAUUGGAAAGAAGAAACCUGAAAAAAAUCAGAAGCCCUGAUUUUUUUUUUUUGAGGCUUCUUCUUUCCAACUGCUUAAAUUGGAAAAUUUACUGCGAUGAUCAUUCUUCACUGUCAAGGUACAUAUAAUUAAAUAUCUAUCUAUAUAUAUAUAUGCCCUGUUCAUAAUUUGUCACAAAACCAAAAAUAUUAUGCAGAACAGGAAAUUAACCACAAAUAUAUGUUUUUAGUAUUUACCAAAUCAGAAGAUAGCAAUUUUUACACAUUUUGAGUGGUUCCAGGUACACAGAAAGAAUAACCUUGGCUAUUCACUGUUCUGGGAUGUGAUUCAAUUUAGCCAGUACCAUGCCAUUUCACAACAGUUUUGUAAGAUGCUUUUUUUGGCAAUCAAUGAAGCAGUUGUACCUAAAAAAGCAAAGAUAUUUGGCUUGGGGGUGUUAACUGGUAGGUAGAAAAUUCUUUUCCCACAUUAUUUGCUACAAAAUCAUGAAAAUGCAUUCGACAAAUACCCAAAUACCCAUUUACAGAGGUUACUUGUUUAUUUUUAUCCAAGUGAUUUGGUAAAUACUAACAGUGAUUUUGUUACAAAUAGUUAUGGUGAGUCCUGGGACUCAUCUUGUGAAACAUAGAGUCCUUGUCCACGAGUUUUAAAAAACAAGAUUGAAAAUGCUUUAGCCUUUAUGUAACCAGACAGUUAAUCUGGAGACAGCUAGAUGCCAGAACUCUUUAUUACAGUUUACUGAAAUUAAAAUAUAGUCCUUCUAUAAACGUAAAGCACAAAAAAGACUAAAAUAAAUAUGCAUCUUUAAAUAACAGCCACAGAAAUCCCACGAACCAGAAUCUGGUUUCUGCCAAAAAAUCUUCAAAUCGAUCAAUCGUUCUUUGGGUCCUACGGGAUGCAUGCCAUGAAUUAUUUUGCCUCAUUGAAGAUUCUUAUGCAUCAGGGAUGUAGAACGUAGAGGUAACAAAAUCACUAUACUAAAACGACUAAUGCCAUCAGGAACUGCACAAAGCAUCAUAUAGAUUCCUUGGCGCUUUCAAUUUAGUGAUUAUAUUCACCAUUAUUCCCUUCCCCUCAGGGAAUAGUUGAGUACUAACCAAGAAAUUAAGCUAGCAAGUUACAAUAAAAUUUGGUCGGGCACAAGCUGAAUUUUGAGCAAAAUUUUUAUAUACCAUUAAGACAAACCAAACACAAGUUACAUGAAAUAGAAACAAAAAGUUUAAAGUUUAAUCCCCUCUGCCUUCGCCCCAUAACUUUACUUCAUCCUUUUCAUGUUACAGAACAAGUGAGGAAGCAUUGGAUCGGUGUUGUGAUUGGUGUGGCAGGAUUGUUGACUGUUGUAAUUGUUGCUGCAAUUUAUCUCAGCUCCAAGAGAGGCAAAGAAAAAGUAAAGAAAGUCAAAAUGACAUUUUACAAGGAGUAAGUCACUUCAUUUUCUAUGUUUUUGACCUAGGAAAUUCAGGUUGAGUGUGUUCAGCUAUAGUCAACUCUCUUUUAACAGACACCUGUAUAAGACAGAUACCUUAGUAAAAUGGACACCUAGAGUUGGUCCCUGCCUUUCUUUACUCCCUUUAUUUGACUCUCUAUAAGAUGGACACCUCUGUAAAACAGUCACCUAGAGUUGGUCCAUGCCUUUCUUUACUCCCUUUAUUUGACUCUCUAUAAGANUGUCCACGAGUUUAAAAAAACAAGAUUGAAAAUGCUUUAGCCUUUAUGUAACCAGACAGUUAAUCUGGAGACAGCUAGAUGCCAGAACUCUUUAUUACAGUUUACUGAAAUUAAAAUAUAGUCCUUCUAUAAACGUAAAGCACAAAAAAGACUAAAAUAAAUAUGCAUCUUUAAAUAACAGCCACAGAAAUCCCACGAACCAGAAUCUGGUUUCUGCCAAAAAAUCUUCAAAUCGAUCAAUCGUUCUUUGGGUCCUACGGGAUGCAUGCCAUGAAUUAUUUUGCCUCAUUGAAGAUUCUUAUGCAUCAGGGAUGUAGAACGUAGAGGUAACAAAAUCACUAUACUAAAACGACUAAUGCCAUCAGGAACUGCACAAAGCAUCAUAUAGAUUCCUUGGCGCUUUCAAUUUAGUGAUUAUAUUCACCAUUAUUCCCUUCCCCUCAGGGAAUAGUUGAGUACUAACCAAGAAAUUAAGCUAGCAAGUUACAAUAAAAUUUGGUCGGGCACAAGCUGAAUUUUGAGCAAAAUUUUUAUAUACCAUUAAGACAAACCAAACACAAGUUACAUGAAAUAGAAACAAAAAGUUUAAAGUUUAAUCCCCUCUGCCUUCGCCCCAUAACUUUACUUCAUCCUUUUCAUGUUACAGAACAAGUGAGGAAGCAUUGGAUCGGUGUUGUGAUUGGUGUGGCAGGAUUGUUGACUGUUGUAAUUGUUGCUGCAAUUUAUCUCAGCUCCAAGAGAGGCAAAGAAAAAGUAAAGAAAGUCAAAAUGACAUUUUACAAGGAGUAA